UUUGAAAAAUAUAAAUCUUCCAAGUUAUUCAAUAUUGCAAAACUUACUCUUCAACGAGAAUGUAUUUCAAUAAACGUCGGCCAAGCUGGCGUCCAAAUUGGGUCCAAGUGCUGGGAACUGUAUUGUUUGGAGCAUAAGAUAAACCAAGAUGGCCAGAUGAGUUCCGAGCGGACUGCUUUCAACGACAUUGAUAACAUCGAGACCUUUUUUGCUCAGACGACUCAGGACAAAUAUGUCCCCCGAGCGAUAAUGUGCGACCUUGAGCCCACUGUGAUCGACGAGUUCCGUAAUUCAGAGUAUCAAAAGUUGUUCCACCCAGAGCAGCUGAUUUGUGGGAAGGAAGAUGCUGCGAACAAUUUUGCUCGAGGUUACUAUACCGUUGGACAUAAAUUGCUUGACAGUCUCACCGAAAAAAUUCGUGUGCUUGCGGAAAAUUGCAAUGGACUGAUGGGAUUUCUGAUCUGUCACUCCGUGGGCGGAGGCACUGGUUCAGGCUUCAGUUCACUGCUGAUGGAACAUCUCUGCUAUACUUUUCCCAAAAAAACCAAACUCGAGUUCGUGAUCUAUCCAUCGCCUAAUAUGAGCACUGCUGUAGUGGAGCCAUACAACGCGGUUCUAUCGACCCAUUUGUCGCUUAAUGAAAAUAUUUGCGCAUUCAUGUUUGAUAACGAAGCGCUCUAUGAUGUUUGCAGGCAGAAAUUGGAUUUAGACCGCCCGAAAUAUUCUAACUUGAACCGAUUGAUCAGUCAGGUCGUUUCAUCAAUAACAGCAAGUUUAAGAUUCGACGGAUCAUUGAACGUUGAUUUAUCCGAAUUUCAAACAAAUUUGGUACCAUUUCCACGGAUUCAUUUUCCAGUGUGUGCUUACUCUCCCGUGGCAAGUACAGCAAAAGUCGACCACAACGCAAUGACGAUUGCAGAAUUGACCUCCGAAUGUUUCGACAAAUCGAAUUCUCUGGUGAAGUACAAUCCACAGCACGGCAAGUACAUGGCUUGCUGCUUGUUGUAUCGUGGUGAUGUUGUUCCUAAGGACGUCAACAAUGCAAUUGCCUGCAUUAAGCAGAAACGUACGAUAAAUUUCGUUGAUUGGUGUCCAACUGGAUUCAAAGUGGGAAUCAAUUAUCAAGCACCCACGGCAAUUACCAACGGUGACACAGCAUCUAUUGAACGUGCAGUAGCGAUGUUAAGCAACACUACGGCAAUUCGUGAAGUGUGGGCACGUUUAAAUCGGCGAUUCAAUCUGAUGUAUCGCAAAAGCGCUUUUUUGCACUGGUAUCAAAGCGAAGGGAUGGAAAUGAUGGAGUUUGCUGAAGCUCGGGAUGAUUUGGCGGCCCUGGAACUUGAUUAUAAAGAAAUUAACAGCAAUACCGACCAAGAUACUUCCUACGAAUUUUGA